AUGAUCAGAAGACUUUUAUCCACAACCAUGACCAAGAAAGCCAAAGCACAGGACUUUAUCCUCAAGACCCCCAAGGGCACCAAGGAUUGGGCCGAUAAAGAUAUGAUCAUCCGAGAGUCCAUCUUUAACAAAUUAUCUACAAUUUUCAAAAAACACGGAGGUGUCACCAUCGACACCCCGGUAUUUGAAUUGCGUGAAAUCUUGACGGGCAAGUAUGGUGAGGACUCCAAAUUGAUCUAUAACUUGGAAGACCAAGGUGGCGAGUUGUGCUCGUUGCGUUACGACUUGACUGUGCCUUUUGCGAGAUUUGUUGCGUGCAACAGUGUCAGCACCAUCAAGAGAUACCAUAUUGCCAAAGUGUACAGACGAGACCAGCCUGCCAUGACCAAAGGUAGAAUGAGGGAGUUUUACCAGUGCGAUUUUGACAUUGCUGGGAACUACGACUUGAUGGUGCCCGACUCGGAAAUCUUGAAUAUUCUAUGUGAGGGUUUAGUUGGAUUGAACAUUACUGACUUCAAAGUCAAGUUGAACCACAGGAAAAUCCUUGAUGGUAUUUUUGAAGCUUGUGGAGUUCCCGAACUGGAUAUUAGGAAAGUCUCAUCGGCAAUUGAUAAAUUGGAUAAAUUGCCUUGGGAAGCUGUCAAGAAGGAGAUUUUAGAAAAGGGUCAAAGCGAAGAGGUUGCUGAUAAAAUCUGGACAUUUGUGCAACACAGUGGUUCCAUUAGGGAGAUUAUCGAUAUUUUGAGAAAAAGCGAUGGGUUGGAUAACAAGUCUGCCCAGGAAGGUAUCUCCGAGAUGGAAGUUUUGGCUGAUUACGUUGAAGCGUUUGAGAUUCAAGAUUAUUUGAAGUUUGACUUGAGUUUAGCCAGAGGGUUGGAUUACUAUACGGGGUUGAUUUAUGAGGCUGUCACUUCUGCCUCAGCACCGCCAAAGAAUGCCAGCGAAUUAAAGAGCAAAGCAGCGGAAAAGAAAACCGAAAAGAAGAACAAGCAGAAGAAGGAUGGCGCUGUUGCUGGUGAAGAAGCACAAGUAGAAGAAGAGGAAGAAGAAGAUGCUUCCGAGUAUGUUGGUGUUGGAUCCAUUGCAGCAGGUGGCCGAUAUGACAACUUGGUGGGGAUGUUUGCCAACAACAAGUCCAUCCCCUGUGUUGGUAUCUCAUUUGGUGUCGAAAGAUUAUUCUCCAUCAUCAAACAGAAAGUCGACUUGAGCAAACUAAACUCGCAACAUACAGAUGUAUACGUGAUGGCGUUUGGAGGCGGCGAAGGCUGGAACGGAUUCUUGAAGGAGAGAAUGCAAAUCACCAACAGAUUAUGGAAGGCCGGCAUCAAUGCCGAGUACCUAUACAAGAACAAGGCCAAUAUCAGAAAGCAAUUUGACGGUGCUGAAAAAUCGGGUGCCAAGAUUGCUGUCAUCUUGGGCAAAGAAGAGUUUCCCGAGGGGAAAUUGCGAAUCAAGGUGUUGGGCCAAGGCGAGGAAAAUGAAGGCGAGUUGGUUCCUGUUGACGACUUGAUUCCAGUAGUGAAGAAAGAAUUGGCCAAGAUUAGCGUAGAUGAUGUUACUGCAUCGCUCAACAAUUUAUAG